AUGUCUUCCGCCAGCUACAUCGCGCUGACGCAGAUUCCCCCCUCUGAGCUCCCUUGGCCUCCGAAACCCUCCCUGCGUCCCUCUUUUGCAUUGUACUUUUCGCGCCGUCGCGCCGUGCUCGCGCUCAUAGCCGCCACAUCUGUUGUUACCCUUGUACUCUUUCUCAAAGUCUCUAGCUCUCACGAAGAUGAUUUAGACGAUGUUGGUACCCCCAUUACCCCUCGCUACCAACCAUCCUAUAUUGCAAUUCCAGUCCCAAAUUCCCUCCCGCCUUCUUCCCAUCCCAAGCUCCGCCCCGUUCGUGAUCUUCCAAGUCAUUGCCUCGAUCAGUACUACUCGUCGGGGGGCGUUUGCCAUGACGGCCUGGGCCCACUGCCAUUAGACGUUAUAUGGACUUGGGUUAACGGUUCAGACCCUCUCUUCAGGGAUGCGAGAGAGCACGCUACCAAAUCCUACGACAAUACCGAUCCUUACAGGCCGAUCAAAUCUAAUAACCCUUCCCGCAUGUUCCGCGAUUACGAUGAGCUUCGACAUUCACUCCGCUCCGUUCUCGCCAAUUUUCGUCCGUAUGUUCGGCAUUUCCGUAUCCUAACCUCCGACUUCGACUAUCCCUCAGACGAUCCAGAGACGUCCAUCCAGUCUUUUCCUGAUCCAGGCCCUGGGUACUGGAGGCUAGGCUUGCAGCCCCAAUGGCUUGACGAUGUUGACCAGACCACUCCGGAGUGGCGAGACGGCAAUAUCCAGCUUUCCCUCACCCACCAUGCGCAUUUCUUUGAGCCAUACAAUCGCACAAUAUUCAACAGCUACGCCAUUGAGUCGCAAUUCAGCCAUCUGCAGAAUGUCUCCGAAGUUUUGUGGGUCAUAGUGCUCUAUCGGUUGCAACGACGACUUCUACAUGACAAGUCCUCUCACCCCUGUUGCGUACUGAUGUUCCCGCCAGAGUAUGGUCUGGUUUUUCGCAUCCAGGGAGAUCUGACAGUGUCUCCGGAUUGGCCAAACGCUAAGACCAAAGGCGAAUGGCGAAGCAUGGGCGCCUCCAACUGGUUACUCAGUGCGUGUGCAUCAUCACGCAAACGUUUUGGUCGUAGAAAGCGCCCUUACGUGCAGCACGAAGUCAAGUCCGUCUCGUUUGCCCUUCUCCAAGAGCUUGCACUGGUAUGGCCAGACGCUAUCGCGAAGACCAGCACGCAUGCCUUCCGCGAAACGGAGGCGGGGGAUGGUGAUUACUACCAGAUGUUUAUGUUCAUCCACUAUGUCGUAGAACGAGCUCGGGAGGCCUUGCUCUGGACAUGGGUCGUCGGUCGUGUAGGAGGAAUUGACGACAGCUGGGGGGAGCACGAAGCGGAGCGAGCGUGGAUCGAGAUCGGUGGUACUUGGGAUGGCGACGGAAGCAAGGAAAUACAGGUCGAGUCGGGAACACGGGACACUCUGACCGCUAGCCGUGUUCAAGACUACCUGAAGGAAGGGGGGUUCGUAGCUGAUGACUUCAAGACCGAGUACCACUUCUCCUCGUUAGACGGGUUCGCGUACAACGAGUAUGGUCGACGAGGUGUCGGCGGCUGGCCCGGCUUCGACCCAGAAAAAUAUGACAAGAAGGAUCGCAAGGAACCUGCUCGCAAGUGCAUCAUCCGGCGUGAUGAAUGUUUUGGUGGCGGCGAUCCCGGGAAGCCUCUCACUGCUAGUGCUGUGUUCCAAAACAUCGCUUUCGAAAAGACGCACUGUGGGGACUGCGUGAUUGUUGCGCUGAUCAACGCUAGCGGUCGGCUCGGGCUCUCGGCGGUGCUUCCGCACCCAGACCGGCAUUCACCUCCCUCCGAUACAGAGCCAUCUGCGGACGGAUCGUAUACGUUACCUCAUUUACCUCUCGUGGCUGAUUGGCACGAAGGACAAUUUGCCCUUCGCGAUGUAAUGAAGUAUGCGCCCGACACCAGCAUCCGGCAGUGGUCCGAGCGGAUAAUGCAGCGUUAUCGAUACGUCAUCGGUGGAACGCCUUCCGCGUUUGAGCGACUAAUCAGCCUACAGCAAGUCAAGGGUAUGCUUGCUUCCGUCGACCGGAAGAAGGAUAUCGCGCUAUUGUGUAUCAAUGAUGACGUGACACGAGAGAAUUCGGAAAUUGCCAACUAUUUCAUAAGAUGGCAAUCUCGCCGAUGGAACCGCACUGCUGCUUGGGAGGCAGACGCGGGGUCCCCAGUGGAAUUUAGAUAG